CGUCGGUUCUCUCGAUAAGAGGGACCCCAAAAAAUCACCAAGGACGAACAAAACCUGUACCUUUAGCGCUCUAAAGGGCAUCACUGAAAAUGGGGGUUUGGCAAAUAAAAUAUUUAGUUUUGCACGUAAUCCACUUACCAUUAAUGGAACACUUGGUUCACCUUUGACCGGGCCGGAAUCGGUGCUCGUACAAGUACAUUUCUAAUUAACCUUUUUAUUUCGACAGGACCGCAACAUUUCAUAAUCUAAGCUUGCGAGACUGCGUAAGCAAAACAAUAUCGAACCAUGCAUAAUGCAAUGGGAAAACAAAUCGAAAUAACUGCCAUUCGAAUAAACAUUUGUCCGUAACUGCUCGAAUUUGAGCAAUUGCUCGAAUGAUGGAAUCGUUAAUUUUCUCUCAUUUUGACAGUAAGAUACCACCUGUCGCCUGCUCGUACCAAAGAUUUCAAGCAUUUUCCGUAUGUUUUCCUUCUACGGACGGCGAUGCUACGCACACAGCUGCACUACGUACUAGGAUACAUCUACAAAUGCACAUCGCGGCUGCUUGUGUGGCACUAGAGCGUCUCUAGCGAUGUCAAAAUAUGUGUGCAUUUACUCAGAGCAUGCCACCGUUGUUGGAUUUCCUCCGCUCCAGCUAGGAUGUGGUGAUAUUUUGACUUCGAUCAUGUGCGCCUUUACCGUCCACAGCCAACAUUGUUAAGGAGCCGGUGAGAGAGAGAUGAGAUAGUUGCUGCGAUAGACCAUUUAUAAAUUGUUAUCAACCAUGUGAUGGUGUAGUGUAAAGAGUGUUUUGAGUAAAUUUUCCUAUCAUAUAGAAUAAUGUUUUGUUAAAAUGGUUUUAAUUAUUAAACCCUUUUUGUUUAGUAAAGAACAAACAAGUUGGUUCAAAUAACAAAGAUAACAGUUGAUGUGCAAAACCCUCCUUAUUUACUUACACCUCAACACACUCACACAACAGCUUAUCUCUCGUGGUCCUGUUUGCUCUAUCUUCCAACUCGUGAAUUUCAACAACCUUCAUCCUUGUCUUACUUACAGUCAAUUUUUCACACUCUCAGAGUACGCAUUUUCCGGCUUUGUUGUGGAAAAGGCAAGCAUUGAAAUGAUUCUCUCCGCUAAAGCUGGACAAAGCUGCAAAGAGAAGAAACGACCUAUGGUUUCCUUGAUGGGAUUACUGACCAUGAAAGAGAGCGUAUUUCAACGCGGUUGAUGAGCGUGGACUUGCUGCCACCUUACUUACUACGCUCAUUCAUGGGUACAUUAGUCUGUCUUUAGCGUUCGGUGAGCUUCGGUGUCGGACAGCUCGUGCACGUCGUUUGCGGAUCUUCUAAUAAAACAGAGCAGUUUGUAGCACAACUGCAUCAGAAUUAGACAGUACGUGUUAAAGGAAAGGUGUGAAAAUUUCGCAGCUAAAGAAAUAUACACCAGAAUAGCUGUGCUUUUCAAAAAGAAAGGAGAACUAAAAAACCCGCAACCACUCGCGAAGGUGUCACUUUGGACGCAACAUCGAACUCCCCUUUGGAGUCAGUCCUGUCCAACAUUUCCACUGACUUUGGGUUCGCUCUUAUCAGUUUCUCCUAUCACUACCGUGCGGUGCUUCUCUGCGUUGCUUUCCGUGUGUUGGUGUUUGCGUGUAGCGAGAGUAAGGAGAAAAUGCAGCAUCACAAACCUAACCAUUAUCAUCACCGUCCGCAGCAUCACUAGCAGUUCCGUGGAACGAAAAUAGUGGCAAUCUUAUCCGGUUAUUGCGAAGUCUUCCCGGUAAAACGAAACUGUGCGUUGAAGCUAUUCUAAAUGUGCAGAUCAACCAUGUUUACAAUAGUUCCCGUUUCAUUUGGACAUAACUCGUCGGAACUGUGCUGCUAGAUGUGGAUCACAGUUCGAGGACGGAUGAUGUGAGCAAAACUUCCUUUACCUUAACUUCACGACGUGUGAAUAGGUGUGUGUGUGUGUGUAUAUGGGUGGAAGAGAAAUAACGACAUGCGAGAGCGUGAGGCAGUCCCGUCGCGAAAAUUACAAAAACUAACCCGCCCAACCCAACAAUAUGCUGAUAUUGCCAUUGUCCAGAUACGCAGAUACCAUGCAAUGGGAUGGCCACUGACUGAGGGCAAACACAGUAGGCAGUUGUGCUCGAAAUAGUGCGGUGCGGUUUUAUAGUCCAAAGAUUGUGUGGUGUACAAAUAAUAGCGAUUUUGCCGUGCCGAGUGUUUCUCAGUGUGAACAAAGCAGGCGAAAUAUCGUGCAGUCCCUUUCAUAAUUUCAAUCGGCAUGUUCUCAUCGUGCAUAACGAUGACAACAAAUUCGUUUGAUGGUAGCGACUGCGAAGCUCACUGAUUGCAAGAACAUUUGCUUCUUACCAUGAAGAACAAAUGGAACGAUUCUGCAAUCUUUACCAAAUGUCUUAUCGGUAGCUCACAACUAAUUUUUAUUCGUUUUCAGCUAGAGGAAACAAUAGCAAAUUACCCUACUCAAGUGGGUGAGUGCGCGAGUGUUGUGUGCCUAG